ACCCAAGUGAAACGAGAUGAUAUCGGCGAUUAGUAUUUAAGCUUUAAUCGUCCUGAUCCUGACACUCUGUAAGUGCUGUCUGUAUCUAUAGGGAUUUUUUUUACUGCCGGUGAGUACAACAACGCGCGCAUGAAGUGAUCAGCGACGGUGCUUAAGAUCAUUUCCAAGUGGAUUUUCUGUAAUAUUGCUGCCUUAAUUGAUGAGCCGGUCUUAAUAACAUUUCCCCACCAUCGAAUGUUUCCCAGCACGCAAGGCGCAGAUUGCGCUUAUUAAAUUUAAUACCUGGACAAAUGUUGUGGAUUAUUAUAUUGGGAUGCGUAGUGCAUUCGACGUAUGGAGUAUCGAGCGAGAACAUAACCAAUUUUGACGGACCAGACCAGCCUGUUGCGGCCAAGCUCAUCGGGAUAGCUGUGCAUGUCCCGCCCGAAACCAAACUACGCUACGAAAUGGCGCGCGUGUUAAAUAAUACACUUGCCCCGCUAAACUUUUCCACCGUAAGAGCCGCCAUCAACAGCCACCUGAAAAACGCCAAUUUCAGUGGCCGCACACAGUCACCCAGAAGAAAUGAGACCAGAAUUAACGCGAACCAAAGAAGUACACAGGAAAAACCAAAAACAGGAUCGGCUAAGGCAUCUGAGACAGAAUUGGUCCCAAUGGAAACCAUACUUGUUCCACAGGUUGUUGCCGAUCCUCGCUAUGACCCAUCACCGGGUGACGCGGCGUAUCCCGAUAAACCCCAUCGACAGACUAUCCAGGACAAUGCUAUACAGGAUUUUGGCCCCUACUUUCCCGGCACCUUUGCCCCGAUCCCCACAGCCGACGUGUGGGUGCCGCGGCCGACGGGCAUGCCGCGCAGUAUUACUCCCGUUGACACCAAAUGCCGCGGCCGUAUCGGUUACGUUGCGGAUCUCGAGCACGGCUGUCAGACGUUUUUCAACUGUUUACCGGACGGAUCUUACGAUAAACUGUCCUGUCCAGCCGGGCUGAUGUUUGAUCAGGAUACUUUAUCGUGCCAAAAAGCUCACACGGUGGUCUGUUCAGCGGAGAAUAUUUUCGACUGUGCGGGAAAAACUGGAUUUUAUGCUGACCCUUUCAGUAGCGACCGAAGUUCAUACUUCUUCUGCAUAAAUGGAGAGAAAAGCCAUUUCAAAUGUCCGGAUGGAUUAUUUUUUAAUGAAAACUGCGGGGCAUGCGAUUUACCGCAGAACUGCGGUCCAGCGGCACCGGCAUCGUACAUGCUUUCUGGACCGCUAUUCAGUCGUGAUCGGCCAAGUUCUCAGGCUAAUGUUCCAUCAACGUCAAACAAGCAGCUGGCUAACAAUCAGCAAAUACCUUCUCGCAAUGGAAAUAUUAUUCAACAAGGCUCGUUUCCCCAUUCAAGCGAUGUGGCUCCAACUGCAGCAGCGGAUCAACUGACGGCAACUCCAAUAAAUGCUCGUUCCCAAGAUCCACUAUCCAGGGGAAAUUCUAACGGCAUUAAUUUUCAAGGUCCCGAUGAGUUUGACUGUAGCGGACGGUAUGGUCUGUUUGCGGAUAUUUCAUCGGGAUGCACAUCCUACUGGGUGUGCAUGCCCAACGGUCUAAAACAUCUCCUACAGUGCCCCGCACACUUAAGAUUCAACGAACUUCUUGGUGCUUGUGACUGGCCGGAUCGAGUUUCCUGUAGUUCGCUAAUGGUUGGAGGGGGCUUUUGUGCCGACAAGAUUGGCUUCUAUCCAGAUCCAAAUAGUAACUGCAAGUCGUAUUAUUUUUGCUCAGCCGAAGGAAGAACGUACAACUUCACGUGUCCGGGAGUGUUGUUAUACAAUGAGGUCAACGGAGCCUGCGAUGACCCCCAAAACGUGCACUGUUUGACUGCCCGCAUGCUCGAUGGAUUCGACUGUGCGGGUAAAAUGGGCUUAUUCGCCGAUGUCGCGCAAGGAUGUCGUGUCUAUUACAGCUGCAAUGCAUAUGGAAAGAAGACCCGUCUACAGUGUCCGCAAGGGCAGAUAUUUAAUGAAAGAUCAGGUAUCUGCGACAUGGAAAGAACGGUACUGUGUGGGCCGGACGGUAGCACGACAGCCUUUGACAUGGGCAACGCCUUGGAUUCUCGCAGCAUCACACAUAUGACUGCGAACACCAUCCCCAACUUCAAUGUCCAGACACCACCGACCAUAACAUUGUUUGGAUCACCACCCAUAGGGCAUUCGGGGCACGAAGAAGCGGGAGCCUUUACAGACAUGCGAGAUAGGCAGCAACAUGGGCCGCCGGGCAAUAUGCCGCAGCCCAAUCUGCCAUCGGUCCUGUCUCCACUUCCGGUAGAUGUGCCGCAUCAGGAACAGAUCAUUCCCGUCGACAAUUUCCGGCCCAAAGAGAGGCCAAACUUCAACGUUCCGGAUGGAUUUGGUCCUCCUGGUCAAAAUAACCGACCAAUAGAUAAUGGACCUCAAGCCGAUAUACCCAGCAGAAAUAACUUUCCCGCGGAGUUUAUACCGCUACACAAUCUAAAUUCCCAACCGAAUCCAAACAAUUUUGAUCGACCACAAAAUGAAGGUAGUUUUCCGCAGGGCGAACAACAGCAGAAUUUCCAGGGAAUGUUUUCGCCGCCGAGACAGCAAGAUGGUAAUAUUCCGCAUGUUCCCAGUCAUCCUGAGAAUCAGCAACGACCUUUUGUUCCCGAGCGUCCAGUGAACCCAGAGCGCCAACCGAUUGCCGAUCAGGCGCCCAAUUUUCCACCUGGACAACCGAAUAUUGUUAGCCACUCUGACACUCCACAGCGUCCGCUUAAUCAAGACUUCCCCAACUUUGCUGGCGGACAAUCAAAUAACGGCUUUAACCAAGGGGAUCAGCCGAUCAGAGACACAAUGUUCAACACAAUGUUUAAUCUUGGUCAGCCGAAUCGGGAAGCACAGCCGAAUACCGUAUUUAAUCAGCCGCCGCCUAAUCCCAUACCUAACCAACCGCUGCCUAACCGAGAGUCAGUCUUCAACGGAAACAGCGGUGACCUCCAACACCAGAAUCAAAAUCAAAACCCCAUCAACCCGAUCAACGCUCCCGCAGCGCCAGGUCCAGGAGCCCAGGCAAACAAUGGACCAUUCCAACCGGGUAACAUCCCGAUUAAUGAUCAGCCACACCUGGGGAUACAGGCCAACAACGCCGGGUCAGGGUCAGCGCAGAACAAUAACUUCCCGCCUAAUCAGCAGCAGCCAGUAUUCCAAGGCAACACUGCGCCUCAGCCGAGUUUCAAUAUAAACGACCGACCGCCGCAGCCACAGCAAAACAUUCCGAAUCCGAUUGACUUCUCCGGAAGAAUUCCAAUAACAAACCAUGAAAACGGCGAUAAACCCAAUAUUCCCAUAAGUUUCCCACCCGGGCAUCAGAAUCAGCAAUCAGCAGAAAUCGAAAGUAGUCGUUUCCCGAUGAACAAUAAUAACAAUAAUAAUAAUCAAAAUGGGCCUCAGCUGGCACAGCCGAAUACAUUCCCGAUCAACAGCGGGCCACAAAUCGACGACAUAAAUUCCGUCGGAAUUCCUAACCGGGCAUUCGGUAUUUCGCCUCCCAUUGGGGCUGGUUACAGUGCCGAACAACAGCCAUCAAUUCAGAACAAUUACCGUCCAAAUACCGGAUACGGCGUAGCGCAACCUAAUACCGCGGCGGGUCUGGGCGGCGUGCAACCGGUGCGCCCGGAAGGUGGGCACAGCUACCAACCGAACAACAGACCCGAGGGACAAAAUAGCGGUUACGCUCAACCGAACACCGUCGGCGGUUACCGCCCACCACAAGGCGGCUACGGCCAAGCUCAGCCCAACACGGCAGUGGGUAUCACCAACAUCCAGCCGCAACCGGCACCCGCUUAUAACAAUAAUCCAACACCCGAUGCCGGCAAAAAUUAUGGCGGAGACCAUGGCUAUAACAUGGGCGUGAAUCAGGAAAAUUAUUUUAAUGUGAACGCACAGCAAGGUCAUAUUCCGGAUAGCAAUCAGUAUGGUGAUGCGCAUUUCGACGGUGGAUUGAAUCAAAAUGGGGGCAAUCAAAAUGGCGGCAAUGUGGACUACAACAACCAGGAACCGCAACGUCCGGUGAUAAAUGCUGCGACGGGAUAUUUUGCCUCGGUACCGCAAUCCGCCGCGGGAGGAUAUGGACAGACGAAUAAUGGAGGUUAUGGGGAAGGUGGAGGGGGCGGAGGAUAUGGUAUGCAGAACAGUGCGAAUCAAAAUGAGUUUAGUUGUCGCGGUCUGAUUGGAUACUAUCCCGACCUGAACGCCGACUGCCGAGUGUACUACUACUGCAAAGCGGAUGGCUCCAAGUUCCAGUUCAGAUGUCCAGCUGACUUGCGUUACAAUGCCACUAUCGGGGUCUGCGACUGGUCGCGCAAUGUCAACUGUCAAAUGCAACGUCCCGGACCGGGCAACAUUCCAACCUGGAAUGAAUCCCCUUUCUUUGACUGCCAAGGACGAACCGGCUUCUUCGGUGACUCAGCUCGCGAAUACCGCGUCUUCUAUUACUGCGAAAGAGAUGGACGGAAGCACCGAUUCGUUUGCCCGUCUAACUUACGGUUUAAUGAUGCACGUGCAGCUUGCGACUGGCCGGAAAACAUCUUCAAAGGACCAUACGUUGGCGAACAAGAAUUCGACUGCAGUGGAAAACGAGGCUAUUUUGGCAAUCCCAACACGCCCAGCGUCUACUAUUUCUGUGAACAGGAUGGAACAGCAAAGAAGUUUGUCUGCUCGGAUAGGCUAAUUUUCAAUUUCCAAAUCGGAUCCUGCGACUGGCCGGAAAGAUUAAACAUGAACAACAAUGGCUUCAUGGAUGGUGUCAGCCCGAUGUAUCGUUCCGAUUUGCCGGGUGAUGGUUUGCAUACACAAGGAAAAGAGGCGGCAAUAGGGAUGUCAAUCACACCCAUGGAUGCUCAAGGAUCGCAUUUACAAACAUCUCUGCUUAAAUCACCAUUAUCGAAGAACACUUUCCAAUGUACGCCGGGGAAAUACGGAUUCUUCUCCGACGUUACUACAAAUUGCCAAAAAUACUUUUACUGUCGCGUUGACGGCAAGAAUUUUUCUUUCUCCUGCCCUAACAAUCUGCGUUUUAACGAAAAACUUGGUGCAUGCGAUCUGGAGCGGAAUGUCCCGUGCAUUGCUUCCGGCUCACCGGGUUUUGCUCAGCUGGCUGUGCAAAAAACGUUCUUUGAUUGCAAAGGGAAGACCGGUUUACUUCCCGAUUUAGAAGAGAAGUGCCGGACAUUCUUCAAUUGCGAGCCGGAUGGAUCAUUCGUAACGUUUGCCUGCUCGGAUGGACUUCUGUUUAAUUCUCUCAUUGGAGCCUGUGAUAGGGCCGAUAGUGUACAGUGCAAAACAAAAAGUCUAAAUCAAACGCUUAACUGGAAAUUAGGAAUGUGAGAAAUGUGGCGAUGACAUCUUUGGUUUUG